GCCACAUUCCUCGUUAUCCACACGACGUCCUCCACGUUACUACGUAGGACUAUCUUCUUCUUCUUCCUUUUCUUCAAAUCCAACCCAGAGGGGGGCAGAUAAAAGAGACGAGAAAAAUGGCUGCCUUAGCAACAAUUUCGUUUCUGACGAGAUUUUGGCCGACUCAUUCUUACCUUUCUCCGAGCCGUAGUUCUCACGGAUCAGUUCAACUCGCCCGAUUCAACAAGGUGAGCAGCACGUCGAGUCUAAGUUCGAGUAACUGCAUUUCCGGCUCUUGUUCACUCUUUCCCAAGAAGCUAUGCGCUAUCGCUCCUUCCACUCCUCAGAGGCUUCAGUCUCUCACAGUUUUCGCUGCUAAAGGUUACAAAAUGAAAACUCACAAGGCGUCGGCAAAGCGAUUCAGAGUGACAGGUAGGGGCAAAAUAGUGAGGAGAAGAGCUGGCAAGCAACACUUGUUAGCCAAGAAGAACACAAAGAGAAAACUGCGGCUCUCCAAAAUGCACCCUGUCAGCCGCAGUGAUUAUGACAACGUGAUUGGGGCCUUGCCGUAUCUGAAGGUGAAUAGGCAGGCUAAGUAGAAACGGUUUGUUACAUCUUAUAGAAAAUACUUAUGUGGUUUGUUCUCCGAUAACUUAUCAUGCUCCGUGCAAAUGCUUUUGAUUGUUUUUUGGCAUCUAAUUGAGUCGAGUUUAGUUGAUCCUUUCCUACCAAUUAAUUGUCCAUACAUGUCCUUUUUCGCACUUUCUUCCCAGUUUCUCCUACACAGCGCCGGUUGUUGCUGGUAAGAGAGAAUAAUAUCAUUGUUAACUUCGUUCUUCAUUCCUAGAAUUUGUGGUUGGAUUCCUGUGCCGGAUGUUUCGAAAUGGAAAAAAAAAAAAAGAAAAAAAAAAGCCAUAGAUUGCCUAUUUUGUGAAGUAGGUAAACUGCGGAUCAGUCCCUCUCGAACUCUUGGAUCUGAUUUAGCAAGAAAUAUCAGGUAGUCUUUGGUUCCAUUUCUUGCCAACUCUCACAGUUUAUCUUCAUAAUAAUCUUCAUUAUGUAUGAUUUACACCA